AUGGACUCCUGUGACCUGGAGACCGAAGCGGCCCACCUUAAUCCUCCAGCCGCCAACCUCUGUGACCUCACUGUCACGAGCGCAGCCACGGGUACAUCCAUUACCCAGCUGCAGGCGGUGGAUCCGGAUGGCGAGCCGUUGAUUUUUGGUGUGGUGGGGGAAGAGGCCAUGCGGUACUUCGCUGUGCAGGAGACGACUGGGGUAGUGUGGCUGAGACAGCCGCUUGACAGGGAGACCAAGUCAGAGAUGCAGGUGGAGUUCUCAGUCAGUGACAGUCAAGGGGUAAUCAAGGAUACAGUGAACAUUCAGAUCGGAGAUGUAAAUGACAAUGCACCAUCCUUUUUCAACCAGCCCUAUGCUGUUCAUAUACCAGAGAACACUCCAGUGGGAACGUCCGUGUUCAUGGUGAAUGCGACAGACCCAGAUCAGGGCGUGGGAGGCAGUGUGCUCUUCUCCUUCCAGCCUCCCUCUCCGUUCUUCUCUAUUGACGGUGCAAGAGGAAUUGUUACUGUGACGAGAGCACUGGACUAUGAGACGACAACCACCUAUCAGCUCACUGUUAAUGCCACGGACCAGGAUAAGAGGCGUCCGCUCUCGAGUCUGGCUAAUUUGGCGAUUGCCAUCACUGAUGUUCAAGACAUGGACCCCAUCUUCACCAACCUCCCGUACAGCACUAAUAUAAUAGAGGACGCACCACCAGGUUAUGAAGUCCGUAAGAUCACUGCGAUCGAUCAAGACUUGGGGCGACCACGUGGAAUCGGAUAUACGAUCAUGUCAGGUAACACCAACAGCGUGUUUGCUCUUGACUACAUCAGCGGAUCCCUGAAAGUGAGCGGACAGCUGGACCGGGAAAACCCCUUGUACUCGUCCGGAUUCACCAUCACAGUAAAGGCCACAGAGCUGAAUGACGACCGCACACCCUCAUCUGCCACCGUCAUGACCACCUUCACCAUCCUGCUGAUUGAUAAAAAUGACAAUCCGCCCAGGUUUAACAGCUCUGAGUAUCGCGUCCUGAUCACAGAGCUGGCGCAGGUCGGCUUCGCUCUGCCUCUGUACAUACAGGUCGAAGACAAAGAUGAGGUGAGACAUACCCUCGGGGUGAACAGCAUGUUUCAGGUGGUCCUGACAGGAAAUAACUCGGAGCACUUCAGCAUCUCUCCCACCUCAGUGCAGGGCAGAGCGGACCUCCGUGUGCGUGUGGCCGUCCCGCUGGACUAUGAAACUAUCAGGACCUACAGCUUUUCUCUCUAUGCCAACGAGUCUCUAUCAGAGCAUGUGGGAUUUGCCCGAGUCUUCAUUGACCUGGUCAACGAGAACGACAACAGACCGGUCUUCAGCCAGACGCUUUAUAACAUCAGUUUACCUGAGAGCACCGCUCCUGGAACAUCUCUACUGCAGAUAAAGGCCACGGAUAAUGACACUGGCACGUUUGGAGUUGUUCGGUAUUACUUCAGCGAUGAGCCAGACCAGUUCUCUUUGGAUGUUGAGACAGGUUGGGUGACUCUGCGAGACUGGAUGGAUUAUGAGCUCAUGAGGCGCUUUACUCUAACAAUACUGGCCCGUGAUGGAGGAGGGGAGGAGACUACAGGACGCCUUCGCAUUAACGUGAUGGAUGUAAACGACAAUGCGCCAGUCUUCCAGAAGGAGGUGUAUACGGGUUCCCUAAUGGAGAACGAACAGGCUCCGCAACAAAUAGUCCGAGCCCGGGCGACGGAUGAGGACUCUCCUCCCAACAACAUCCUGACCUACACCAUCAUCUACGCCUCUCAGUUUAGGUCAUAUUUCAGCAUCAGUGUGGUGGAGGGCUACGCAGUCAUCACGGUGAAUCGUCCUCUGGAUUAUGAGCAGGUUCCAGGUGGAUUGAUCUUUCUUUCUCUGAUGGCCAGAGAUGGAGGGAACCCGUCCCUCAACAGCACUGUUCCAGUCACCGUAGAGCUGUUUGACGAGAAUGACAACCCACCCGAGUUCAGCCUCCCGUCUUACAUCGUCAACAUACCUGAGAAUAUCAUUGCAGGAGCGACAGUGCUGUUUGUGAACGCUACAGACCUGGACGCGUCUCGGGAGUUUGGUCAGGUCUCUCUCAUCUAUUCCCUGCAGGGCAGCUCUCAGUUCAGACUCAACACUCGCUCAGGAGAGAUCACCACCACAGCUCUUCUGGAUCGAGAGAUGAAGUCGGAGUAUAUUCUGAUCGUAAGAGCCGUUGAUGGAGGCGUGGGACCACAGCAGAAAACCGGCAUCGCUACGGUGAACAUCACUAUUCUGGACAUAAAUGAUAACGUCCCCAUGUGGCGAGAUGAGCCGUAUCAAGCGAAUGUUGUGGAGAUGAGUCCCAUCGAUACUGACGUCAUUACUGUAUUAGCGGUGGACCCUGAUUAUGGUGAUAAUGGGAUGGUGGUCUACUCUAUAAAUCCAGAGAACCCCUUCUACACCAUCAACCGCAACACCGGGAAGAUCCGCACCAGUGGGGCGGUGCUGGACAGAGAGAGUCAAAACACCCGCUUUGCACCGCUUAUGAGGACUAUCAUUGUCUCUGCUACCGACCUUGGGACACCUCCACUGCACUCUUCAGCCAGCGCCACAGUGUAUGUGAACCUCCUGGACCUCAACGAUAAUGAUCCUGCCUUUAUCAACCUUCCAUUUGUCGCUGACGUACCAGAGGGGCUUCCCAUUGGAUCAUCUGUGUUCAGGGUGCAGGUGCAGGACCCUGAUGAAGGUGACAAUGGUGCGGUAACCAUGGCGCUUCAGAUGGGGAUGCCACGGCUGGACUUCAAGCUCAACACCACCACAGGAGUCCUGGUUUCCACCGCAGUGCUGGACCGUGAGCUGAUUGGCCAGUAUUAUCUGAGGAUUAUUGCGUAUGAUGCAGGCCAGUUCCCUCGAACUUCCACGAGUACUCUCACUAUCACAGUUUUGGACAUGAAUGAUGAGACGCCAACCUUCUUCCCCAGCAUUUAUAACGUAUCGUUGGAUGAAAACGUGCCCCGUGACUAUGUGGUGGUCAGACUGAACUGCAUGGAUAAUGACACGGGUCUAAACGCAGAGCUCAGCUAUUUUAUCACAGCUGGGAACCAAGAUGGAAAGUUUAGUGUGGGUUUCCGGACCGGAAUAGUACGGACUGUGGUGGGUCUGGACCGCGAGACUCAGGUCUUGUACAGUCUAGUGAUCGAAGCGAUUGAUAAUGGUCCGGCGGGAAGCCGGAGGACAGGAACAGCUACAGUAUUUGUGGAGGUGCUGGACAUCAAUGACAACAGGCCUAUAUUCCUCCAGAACAGCUAUGAGACCAGCGUCCUGGAGAACAUACCCAGAGGAACUAGUAUAUUACAGGUUCAGGCCACAGAUGCAGAUCAGGGAGAGAACGGAAGAGUUCUGUACAGGAUUCUCUCUGGCAACAGUGGUCAGUUUAAUGUGGACAGUCUGUCUGGACUCAUCAGCAGAGGAACUGUGGCUCUGAACCGAGAAACUCGAAGCUCCCAUGUGCUGGAUGUGGAGGCCUACAACAGUGACCAGGGCAGCAUGCGCAGCUCUGUCAGGGUGAUUGUGUAUGUGGAGGACGUGAAUGACGAGUCUCCAGUCUUCACUCAGUCGCAGUACAAUCGUCUGGGGCUCAGAGAGACUGCUGGGAUCGGUACAUCUGUGGUAGUGGUCCGAGCUACAGACCCCGACACAGGUGAUGGCGGUGCAGUAGCGUAUGCUCUGGUUUCUGGCUCUGAUCAUAAGUUUGAGGUGGAUGUGAGUACCGGUCUGGUGACUACAAUGGAUUACUUGGACUACGAGACCAAGACCAGCUAUUUAAUGAACGUCUCAGCCACAGAUCAGUCUCCACCGUUCCACAGCAGCUACUGCACCGUCUACGUAACUUUACUCAAUGAACUGGACGAAGCCGUGGCCUUUCUAUCAGCCGGUUAUGAAAUAUCGCUGAUGGAGAACAUCGCCUUGGGAACAGAGGUGGUCCAGGUGAAGGCGCAGUCGGCCGAUAACCUGAACCAGCUGACGUACCGCUUCGACCCUGACACCUCACCUGCUGCUCUGGCGCUCUUUAAGAUUGACGGGGUCACGGGUCGUAUAACUGUGACGGGACUGCUGGACAGAGAGAGAGGCGAUUCAUACACUCUCACUGUUGUGGCCGAUGAUGGAGGACCCAAGAGAGGCUCCACCGUGGUAAUGUGUUCCUGCAUGAUCUGUUCAAUCUGUAAGACAGAUUCAAUAAAGCCUUCAGUGCAUAGUGUAGAGAAGCCUGAGUUGAGCACGAUUUAAAGGAAUAGUUCAGCCAAAAAUGAAAAUGUACUCACCCUCAGGCCAUUCAAGGUGUAGAUGAGUUUAUCUCUUCAUGGGAACAGAUUUGGAGAAAUG